AUGAAUGAAGAUUUUUUUAAGUAGCUAAGCAUAAAUGAAUUGAAGGCAUAUAAAUAGCGCUUACAAAUUAGGAAUAAUGAUAUGAAUAAUAUGGUUGAAUAUAUGAAAAAAGAAAAUGAAAAUUUAGAGGAAAUGAAAUCGUUUUUGUCUAACCACUAGUAGCAUAUUACUCUCCUUCUUAAAAGAUAAGAAACUAGAGAAUUUGAAAAGAAAGCACGCAACAAAAUAUUUACUACGAUUAUAUAAAAUGGAGUGAAUAUGCUUCCUACAAAUUUAAAUCCAAAGAACUUGAUAAACUAUUUCUCAAAUCUCCAAAAUAAUGAUGUGCCUGAUUAACAAAUAUCUAAUGAUGAAGAUUAUUAGAAAAAAAUAUCAAAUCAACCUAGUAAAUAUUUAUUAAAUACUAAUCAAAUUAAAAAUAAUAUAUUGAAUAUUUUAACUAAUUUUAAAAAGAUGUUGAUGAGAUUAUAUACAAUCCCAAACAAAAUUUAUCAUAAAUACUAGCAUCAAAUAAUAACCUUCCUCAAUAGAACUAAACAGGAUAAAGAUAAAGAAAAAAAAUCUUUGAGGAGCAAAAACCUUUGUAUAAUCCGCUAGCAUCAAUACCAUCAUUUAUUUAGUAGAAUUAACAAAUAUAAUAGUAGUAAAAGGAGUAAUAGCUAAUAUAGUAAUCCAAUCAAGCUCAACAAAAUCAAUAAAAUGAAAAAGAAAAUGAAACUAAUGAAAAAAAAAAACAAUAGCAAUAAUAAAAACAGUAAUAGCAACCACAAAAGUAAUAAAAACACUUUGAAGAAGAUGAGUGCUAUAAUAUUGAAUAAGAUUCAAUAUGAAAAUAUUUAUGCAAGUUUAAAAUAUAUUUUUACAUUUUAUUAACUAAAUAAAUAUUACAAAAAUUGGUUAAAAUUCAUUUGA